AUGGGUAAUCUUCCAAAACUCUCAGAAGGCACAGCUCUCCAAGUUGGAAAACACAAGGUUACUGUUGUCAAAUAUCUUUCUGAAGGAGGGUUUGCACAGAUUUACAAAGUUACGAUAGACCCAUUAGAGAAUGACUCUGAGAUUGCAUGUUUGAAACGAGUCAUCGUGCCAGAUAAGAAUGGAUUGAAUGAGUUACGCAAAGAAGUUGAUGUUAUGAAGACAUUGCGCCAUAGUAGAAACAUAGUAAAGUAUUAUGAUUCACAUGCGGAAAGAUUAGAGAAUGGCACCUAUCAGGUAUUGGUGUUGAUGGAAUUGUGUCCCAACGGCUCGUUACUAGACUAUAUGAAUAAACAUAUCAAAACAAAAUUGACAGAACCACAGAUCCUUAGAAUAAUGUUGGAUAUAUGUCAAGGGAUUUAUGAAAUGCAUAAAUUGAAAUUAAUUCACCGUGAUAUCAAAAUUGAAAAUGUAUUGAUUGACUCCAAGAAUCAAUUCCAGUUGUGUGAUUUUGGGUCUACAGCGGUUCCGACGAUGCCUCCACAGGAUCAGCAACAGUUCAACUAUCUCAGCCAUGAUAUCCUUUAUCACACCACCCCGCAAUACCGUUCCCCCGAAAUGGUGGACUUAUACCGAGGAAUACCAAUAGACGAGAAGGCCGAUAUCUGGGCUUUAGGAUGUUUUCUUUACAAAUUGUGUUAUUACACCACCCCAUUUGAAGCCAACGGAGAUAUUGCCAUAUUACAUGCUUCAUUUCAGUUUCCACCCUAUCCGGAGUUUUCGGGAGACCUUAAGAACUUAAUUAUCAUUAUGCUUCAAGAAAACCCAUUAUUUCGUCCCAAUAUAGUUCAAGUCUUGAUUUUGGUGUGCAAAUUGAUGAAUAUUGAUUUUGCAAAUCUAAAACUAAAAGAUUUUUACAAUGCUGGACCCUAUAAUUUUCAGGCAUUGCAUGAAUAUCAAGUUCAUAAGCAGAAUGAGCUAAUGCGACAAAAGCAAUUGUAUUAUCAACAACAGGCUCUUGCAAAUUCUGAAGCUGGGCUCACAAAGGAACAGGAAAGGCUUGCCCAGCCAGUGUCUGCUGAAGAUUCCCUACCAACAGAAGAAAACAGCCAAUCUCAACCAAAUAAGGCCGCAGCUACGGCUACUAUAGAUUCACAACCAUCUCCUGAGAUCAAGUCCACCACAUUAGGUGUACCUUCUACCCUCACUUCGGGAUCUUCACGCGAGUCAUUAGCAGGUUUUAGUCUGGAGGAUGACUUGGCAAACGAAAUUGCCGAAAUAGAAGGCUUGGAAGACGCCGAACAGAGGUACCCAUCGUUGGAAGAAAUUGAAGUGCCUGAUAAAAUCAUACAAAAGAGCACGGAACCACUGCGACUGACAAGUAUUAAAACGUCUUAUUCUGAAGCAACCUCCUCCAAAGGAAUUGAUGCCCACGGAGUAGAUGUCGAUGAGAACUUGGAUUAUUUACCCAAACCCAAUAAAGUGGCGGAAAAAUUGGCUGAUGAUAUUUUUUCGGUCACUGAAAGUCCAACGUUUCCCGUUAAAGAAAAGUUUGAUGAAACAGGAGAUGCUGCCAGAUCUAAGACAGAUACCGAUGGAGAUUUUUAUGAUUUGCUGCAAAGAGUCGAGCACUUGCAUGUUGAAACAGACCAAAGUGGAAGUGCAAAGAAUCCAUUUCCUUGUGUCAAGGCACUGGCUGCCACUAAAGAGGAUGGCAAUUUUGAGCAACCUGAAACACGCAAAAAGAAUAAUCCGUGGGGUAAUUAUAAUUUGACACCAAAGGAGAAUUACACAUCUACAUCCACACUGGAUAGUUUUGCAUUCAUGCAAAAUUCUGGCAGUGUACCAUCUGCUUUGUCGGAAAUGAAGCUGGUACCAGUAGCCACCGAGACGAUUUUCCCAUCAACACAAACUGAACCACCCAAAAUAGCAAAACCUGAAUGUAACUUGAUAGACUUGGAAGUUGGUUUAGAAUCUUCUAGUGCAUCACCUUCUCUCAGGUAUCUGAAGUCCAAUAAUAUUUCAGAAGUAUCGUUAAUUGAUAUGGACGAUUCUCAAUUUAAGACGUCUGAAGCCAAGGUUGCAGACCAAAAACCAGCAUUUAAAAAAAGAGUUGGGUCUAAUACACACAAUCCAUCUCAGUUUAGUCUACAGGAAGAGGUUAUUGAUUUUGCUUCAGAUGAUGAAAACCCUGCUAAUGGAUCAUAUAUGAACAGGCUCAAGAUUAGAAGCUCAUUAAAGAAACCUAGUAAAGGUCGUAGAUCAGGAGAACAUAAGAGAACAGAAAGUAGUAGUACCGACUCUAAGAAGAGGCUAUCGUUUUUUGGAGGUAAUUAA